AUGGUGGGACAGCGAAAGUUUCAGCUAAGUGAGGUGGCCGCCCUCCAGCGGGACCACGUAAAAAUCCGUGACCCGGCCCGUGUCGAGCUGAUGCUGAACGAGCUGGUCGUGGGCGGCACAGAGAAGCUGCAGGUGGUGACCGAUUUCGAUUACACAAUCACCAAGCAGCGGCUCAGCAACGGCGAGAAGGUGCUGACGAGCUUUGGCAUGUUCAACGAGUGCAAAUCGAUCCCGCAGGAUGUGAUACUGGAGCAGCGCAACCUGUACCACAAAUACCGACCGAUCGAAAUCGACCCGCACAUGGAACAUGAGGAGAAAGUGGGCUACAUGAUUGAAUGGUGGGCCAAAACCGGUGAUCUGCUAAAAGGGUUCAAGCUACCCCAGGAAGAUAUCGACGAGGUGGCAAAACGGUACAAGGAUGGUCUGCGCGAUGGAACCCAUGACAUGUUUAAGGAGCUGCACGACCUAAACGUUCCGUGUCUCGUAUUUUCCGCCGGUCUCGGCAACUGUGUAUCAUCGGUGCUAAAGCACGCCAAUGUCAUGUAUCCGAAUGUAAAGCUAGUGUCUAAUUUCCUGCAAUUCAGUGAAAAUGGCUUACUGAACGGGCUGCAGGAUCCAAUGAUUCACACAUUCAACAAAAAUGAAACCGUCCUGGACGGUACGGAGUACUACGAAAUCGUACACUCGCGCGAUCACGUCAUAGUAAUGGGCGAUUCACUUGGGGAUGCCGGUAUGGCUAGUGGGGUGCCAUCAUCGUCGCACAUUCUGAAGAUAGGUUUUCUUUUCGACCAUCCGGAACUCAAUCUACCUCGAUACAUGGAUGCGUUCGAUAUUGUGCUAGUGGACGAUCAAACCAUGGACAUCCCGCGAGCGAUCGUCGACAUGGUCAGAAAGCAAACACACGAGUGA